CUGCGAGCCGCUUUUCGUGCGGCGCCUCUCCGUGUUGGUCUGGGCGCCUCUCGCCCGCGGUGCGACUCCAUGGACACCAGCAGGACGACCCUCGGCAGCCCCGGUGCCCUCAAGUGGCUGCACACCCGCAGCGUCGGCGUCACCUUCCGCAUCUACCGCGCCGAGUACCAACAGAGCCGCACUUACAUCGUGCAGUCUGCGGCUCUUCUCGCGUGCUCUCUCGGCAUCUGCGGAGUGUGCAUGCUCGCGGCUCUGAUUGCCACGCGGCAGCUGCAGACCGACCGCACAGCCCUCGGCCUCGAUCUCGCCACCUCCUCCCUCUACAUCCUCUCGGCCCUCCUCUCGCUCGCCGUCGUGUGCGGCGGCGGCGGCGGCGGCCCAGGCGCCCGCGGCUCCGUCAACGGCCCGCGCCAGUCCAUCUUCAUCGACGAGGGCGAGGAGGGCGAGGGCGAGGAGGAGGAGGGCGAGGAGGAGGAGGGGGAGGGAGAGGCGAUAGGCCGCGGCGUGUCGGCGAGCGAUUGCGGCGAGAACAGCAGCGAGAACGGCAAAACCAGCGCCAAUGGCGGCGGCGACGAGCCCCCGUCGCUGCUCGCGCGCGUCUCGAGGCGCUUCUCGAAGCCGGCGCUGACGCGCUUGGCCUCGAGCGGUAUUGGAAGCCUCCUCUCCCUCGCGCAACAGCUGAGCGGAGGGGAGAGGGGCGAGGAGGGCAACAACGACAGCACCUGGCCGCACGAGGCGGCGAGAGAGAUGAUGAUCGAGAUGUAGCCGAGAUGUAGCCGAGAUGUACCCGAGAUCUAGCCGAGGUGCUGGUGUGGCGGAGAUGGAGUGCGCCUGCUCGGACGGCGCUCACGGCGAGUGCCCCAUCUCCCACUCUCUUCUCUCUCCAACUGCCACUAGAAUGGACACUGACCAGACGGCGCUCGAGGCCGGUGCCAUCACACACACCUCUCUCGCCCCCUCCUCCCUCUCUCUCUCUCUCUCUCUCUCUCUCUCUCUCUCUCUCUCUCUCUCUCUCUCUCUCUCCUCUCUCCAACUGACCACUAGUUGACCAGGCGGCGCUCGAAGCUGGUGCCGACGGCGGCGGCGCUCUGUCGCGCGCGCCGACGGCGACCGCGCCGCUGGACAGGCGCGCCAAGGGCGUGUCGUUUGCGGACGGAGUCGACUUCUCCGAGAAGAGCGUCGGCGCAGCCAGCCGCUCCUCCUCCUCCUCCCUAAAGAGGAGGGGGCGGCCGCGGCUCGCGGUCGUGCGGCUAGCGAUGGUGUUCCUGGUGGGCACGGCCGUGUUCGCGAUCGCCUCGGCGGCAGUCUGCGCCGCGUCGGUGCCGCGCUGCUACGAGCGGCCGCUGGCGAUGCGAGGCGAUGAGUCGGACGACGAGAUCGACCGCCUGGCGCGCGGCACAGCGGCCUUCUCGCGCUGCUCCGAGCAGUGCAUGCGCGGCCAGAUGGAGCUGGGGCGGUCGGACCUCAACACCGCCAGCUGGGCAAAGGUGACGAUGCUGGGCGCGCUGUUCAAGACGGCGGAGGAUUGCAACUCCGACUUUGAGGCGAAUGGGCUGCCUGCCCCGGGCGCCGACGGCACCGGCUGGCUCCCCGCGCCUCUGCGCGCGAUCCCGACAGGCGCGGCGCUGGUGGAGCUCGGCAUGAAGUGCGGCGUCGAGGCGCGGCAGCGCGGUUGCGAUGUCAACACGUUUGGAAGCGGGAGCAUGCUGGCGACGGCGGUCGGCAUGGCGUGGCUGCAGGUGUGCCUGGUGCUGGUGCUGAGACACUCCUCCUGAGAGGCGGAGAGAGGCGGCGGUCAUUCGCAGGAGAAGGCGCGCCGGGAUAUACACAUUGGCGAUGGCUGAGACGGCCGCA